GGAACCCGUCUUGGUGUUGCAGUAAGCCAUGAACUUCCAAUUUCAUCAAGGGAAAACCACAAUAUAUAAACUUAUUCAAAUUCUAAAUAACUUUUAAUCGAGUAAACAGAUAAUUAAGAGCCAGUGGAGGCUGGGAAACGGAAAUUAAAAAUGGAAACACUGCUUUGUGAUGCUGCCAUUGAAAACAAUGUUAAAGCAUUUCGCGAGUUUCUCCGAGAGGAUCCACUUGUGAUUGAUAAAGCCAUGUUGAAUUGUCAAGAUAUGAUGAUGAAUCCUCUUCACACUGCAGCAUUGUUUGGCAAUGUUGAAUUUGUGAAAGAAGUUCUGGGUGUCCGUCCAUAUAUGUGUUUCUCUACCGAUCGAUUCGGAAGAAUCCCUUUACAUUUCGCGAUCAUCAAUGGCAAAUUGGAUGUUGUGAAAGAGAUAGUUGGUGCUAGGCCGCUCGCAGCUCGAGAAAGGGUUCCCGGUGGAGGAAAUGCUCUGCAUUUGUGUGUCAAAUAUAAUCAGCUGGAAGCUUUGAAGUUUUUAGUGGAGACAAUAAGAGAUCCUGAUUUUGUUAACCGGAAAGAUGAUGAUGGGAUGACCAUAUUACAUCUGGCGAUUUGCGACAAACAAAUCGAGACUAUCAAAUACUUGAUUGAAAACAAUGUCCUACAAGUGAAUGCAAAGAGUGCAAAUGGGAGCACUCCAUUAGACCUCUUUCAAGGAGACAGUGGUUCCGAAAUCGAACGAAUUCUUGAGCUCGCAGGAGCCAAAGGCGGCAUGUACAUCAGCUCCUCUGUUGCUGGAAAUUGCCCACCUGAAGCUUCAAACGGCACUACGGCACAAAGAACAGAAUCGCGGCUAUCCAAGAGAAGGGAUGCGCUGAUUGUUGUCGCCUCGCUUAUCGCUACAAUGGCGUUCCAGGCCACGACGAAUCCUGCAGGGGGUGUUUGGCAAGACGGUGAAGCAGUGAUGGCACAUAAAUAUCCAAGCUCCUUCAGAAAUUUCAUCACGACUAACACAAUAGCCUUUGUUUCAUCCCUGAGCACAAUCAUGCUCCUCAUCAGUGGUUUGCCGUUCAGAAACCGAUUAUUUCUGUGGGCUUUGAUGGUAAUUAUGUGGAUAACAAUUUAUUCCAUAGCUUCAACUUAUAACUUAUCAGUUGCUAUAAUAACACCCACAGAUGAUAUCACAAAACUAAGACUAGUAACUCCGGUUGUUAUGAAUGUUUGGUCUGGGGUUAUCUUGCUGUUGUUUCUGGGGAACGCAGUUCGAUUGAUCCAUGUUUGGCUCAAACGGCGACAAGGUAUUGAUCUGUUCAAAAAGCUAAGGAGGCAGGGGAAUCCGGGUGCGCAAGGAAGUCUUCAGAUGUGUUGA